GCUUAUCCGCUACUGCCCUUGCUUCCAAGUGUUUGCUACCGAAUCCCCUACCAACUUACAUCAUACCACUUUCCAGGGGUUUAGUUCAUUAUAUCGUAACUUUAUGGGCAACACUUUAAAUCAACGUCACCAGCCUAAAACAUACGCUUUUAUGCAUAUAUGCGAGGAUGUCAGAAAAAUGAGGGCUUGCACCAAUAAGGUCACCAUACCCCAUUCACCAUGAGCGCAGACCUCGCACUACAAAUCCGCGCGAGCCUGCAAAGCCAGGGCCUGCCCGCCCCGUCGCUAGCAUGGAUCCAAAGCGCGCUGCCCAACCGGAACCCGCUCCCGCCGCUGCCCGCGCUCGUAGCCACGGUGAAAACCCGGCUCCUCGCCGCGGACCUGACCAACCCGGCCCUCCUCGAGGCUCCCGGCCCCGCGUUCCCGGCCAACCUGCUGGGCAACGCGGAAGUGAAGGAGACCAAGCUGCCCCGCGACGUGCCCGUCCAGGUCCUGGACAUCGACAACUUGUCCAAAAGCAAGUGGGAGCAGGUGGAGGAGCUCGAGGCCGUGGCGCGCGGCGAGCAGACCCGCGGCCGCGAGAUCAUCCGGCUUCCGACGGGUAAUGAGGACGGAGAGGAUGGCGGGGACGACGCGCCGACGCAGCAGCAGGUUGCGACGGGCAGGGACGCGGCGCCCAACGCGAACGCGGCGGCCGCGUCGAAGGGCGCGACGCACCGCCUCGUGCUGCAGGACUGCAGGGGCCAGAAGGCGCACGCGCUGGAGCUGAGGCGCGUGGACCGGAUCGGCGUCGGCACGAUGAAUAUCGGCGAGAAGAUGGUGAUCAAGAGGGGCGCGACGGUGGCGAGGGGCAUCCUGCUGCUGGAGCCCGCGACGUGCGUCGUGCUGGGCGGGAAGGUGGAGGCGUGGCAGAAGGCUUGGGUGGACGGGCGGUUGGCGAGGUUGAGGGAGGCUGUUGGUGCUGAUGCUCGGGGGUGAGGUUUGACUGGCUAGGGACUUGCUUAUCUCCUCGGUGCUAGGGGAUUACAAAUGAAUUCAUUGAGUGGAGUGUGUAUUUGGCUUUUUAAUA